CGAACGUUCGAACUCUCGUUGGCCGCAGGUGCUGCAGAGAAUGAACAAUGGGGAAAAGACGCUGGCACGCACCAAGACCAAUGGAACCCAUAUGAGGGUUUCCCCGAGCACUGGAAUCAUGAAUUUGAAGGAGAACUGGAUGUGCGUAACUUUCAUAUUGACAGUGGAAGGCUGCAUUAA